AAAACACUCUACAGGAAAAGAAUGUGGCAUUACCCUUCCUUGGAACUCACAAUCCAUUAACCACCAGAAAAUUAAUUUAAGCAAUAAGCCCUAUAUGUGUGAAGAAUGUGGUAAGGCCUUUCGAUUUCCAUCACUUCUCUAUGUGCACCAGAAAAGUCAUACAGGAGAAAAACCCUUCAAAUGUGAAGUAUGUGACAAGGCCUUCUAUAUCCCAUCACAACUAUCUGUACACAUGAGGAUUCACACAGGAGAGAAACCUUACAAGUGUGCACUAUGUGACAAGGCCUUCUAUCGUCGAUCAGGACUUUCUGUACACAAGAAAGUUCAUACAGGAGAAAAACCCUACAAGUGUGAACUAUGUGACAAGGCCUUCUAUAUACCAUCACAACUAUCUAUACACAUGAGGAUUCAUACAGGGGAGAAACCUUACAAGUGUGAUGUAUGUGAUAAGGCCUUCAAUCGUAUAUCAGCACUUUAUGUACACAAGAAAAUUCAUACAGGAGAGAAACCCUACAAAUGUGAAGUAUGUGACAAGACCUUCAAUAUUCCAUCACGACUGUCUGUACACAUGAGGAUUCAUACAGGAGAGAAACCUUACAAGUGUGAACUAUGUGACAAGGCCUUUGUUCAUCCUUCAGGACUUUACGUACACAAGAAUAUUCAUACAGGAGAGAAACCCUACAAGUGUGAAGUAUGUGGUAAGGCCUUCCCUUUUCCAUCAUUUCUUUCUGUACACAAGAGAAGUCAUACAGGAGAGAAACCCUUCAAGUGUGAAGAAUGUGACAAGGCCUUCUGUGUUGCAUCACAGCUUUCUGUACACAUUAGGAUUCAUACAGGAGAGAAACCUUACAAGUGUGAAGUAUGUGGCAAGGCCUUCCAUGCUGCAUCAUUACUUAAAGUACAUGAGAGAAUUCAUACAGGACAGAGACCCUACAAGUGUGACCUAUGUGACAAGGCCUUCUAUAUUCCAUCACAGCUAUCUGUACACAUGAGGAUUCAUACAGGAGAGAAACCUUACAAGUGUGAAGUAUGUGGCAAGGCCUUCCCUGUUUCAUCACGACUUUCCAUACACAAGAGAAUCCAUACAGGAGAGAAACCUUUCAGUUGUGAAGUUUGUGGCAAAGCCUUCCAUUAUCCAUCAUUACUUUAUAAACACAAAGAAAUUCAUACAGGAAUGUAAACCUACAAGUAUUAAGUAUGUGGUAAGGCCUACAACUGUCCAUUAGGACGUUCCAAACAAAGAAAAUUCAUAUAGGAGAGAAACCUUACAAGUGAAGUAUGUGGUAAGACCCUCAAUCAUCCUCUAGGACUAUCUGUACUCAAGAGCAUUCAUACAGGAGAGGAACCCUACAAGUGUAAAGUAUGUGGCAAAUUUUUCCAUUUUUCCUUACUACUUUCAAUACUUUCAUGCAGGAGAGAAACCCUAGAAAUGUGAAAUACGUUGCAAGGUCUUUAAAACUUCCCAGAUUCUUUCAGCUCACUAGAUAAUCCAUUGUGGAAAGAAACCCCACAAGUGUGAGCAGUGUGGAAAAUCCUUCUAUAUGAAGUCACACCUAUCUCAGCACAGAUGAACUCACACUGGGGAGAAACAUUACAAAUGUGAAGACUGGCAAACUGUACAAGUGUACCAGAAACCUCAAGGAAUACCAAAGAAUUCAUUCUGGGGAGAAACUACAAGUAUAAAGAAUGUGGCAAAGAGUUUAAAACUUAUGCAACAUGUUCUAUAUACCAGACUAGUCACAUGGAGAGAAACAUUACUAGUGUGGAGAAUGGCAAGGCCUAUCUCCAGUCUUCUGGUCUUACAACAGCAAAGAAUUCAUUUGAG